AUUGCUCGAUCUUUUUUCUCAGAAUGAUCAAACCGGUUUAGUAUCCGCUGUACAGCCUUAAUACUGAACGUGUGCGUUGUGCUUCGAAAUGAUUCAGUGUUGUCACAUACUUCGGAGCAUUCGCAGAACUGACGCAGUGUGGCUUAAAAAAGUGGAAAUGCAAAGUAUAAACACUUGAACACGAAACAUCUUAUCCUGAUUGUGAUUCCCAGGCAAUAGCUCUAUGGCGAUUGAUUCAGUUCCCACACAACAGUCACCCUGAACGGGCAUCAUUUACCAUAGUUACGAGAAGUCGUCUCGUGAUCAGCUACAACAUGAAUGCAUUUUUAGCGUGCAUUUCAAUUUUCGUACUCAUAAUUGUGUCAAUCGAGAAUGGAUUUUGCAAGCUUUUCCCAAUCAGCCCAUUCGAUGAAAGGUUGGAAACAUCGAUGUUCCCGAAUGACCGUCUUUCGCUCGACGAUUGUCAUCUUCGAUAUUACAAAUAUGGACGCCAGGGACUGGUGAAACCAGCGUUUGGCACACCGGCGUACCCUACAGAAUUUGCUCAUAUGGCAGCUAUCGGGUGGACACUGGCGAACGGUACCGUAGACUGGAAAUGUGGUGGUUCUUUGAUCUGGGAGAAUUAUGUUCUGACCGCCGCUCACUGCACCCUCGAUAACGGGGUGGCACCAGACGUGGCGCGGUUCGGGGAUAUUAAUAUCCUUAGUGACGACGAUGAUCAAUAUGCGCAGCAGUUGAAGAUUGUUGAGAUAUUCACGCAUCCGGAGUAUCGAUUUUCAACUGUGUACAACGAUAUCGCACUACUGAAGUUGGAGACUAACGUUACUCUCCAUCCCACCGUGGUUCCUGCGUGCUUAUGGACAGACAAAGAGGUUCGGUUUCCCACACUGGAGGCCACGGGCUGGGGUAACACUGGAUUUGCACAAGAACGAACCCCGACAUUGCUUAAAGUCGGACUAAAGCCAGUGAACAACACCGAAUGUAAUAAAAUCUACGAUGGCUCUAACCGUAGGUUUAGAGAUGGCAUUAGAGACCAAGAGCAGAUAUGUGCUGGCGACGAACGGAUGGAUACUUGUCCAGGUGACUCGGGAGGCCCACUCCAAGUGAAACUCCUUCACAACGGUAAAAUGUCACCAUUUGUUGUUGGAAUAACAUCAUUUGGUACCGCUUGUGGUUUAUCAACGCCCGGCGUUUACACACGGGUCUCAGCUUAUUUCGACUGGAUAUCAGAGACAAUGCAAAAGCAGGAAAGUAAUGUUUUUUAUUGGAGUUUGCAACCAGUUAGCUGUGCCACCCGUUACGUAUACUUAAGGGAUUACGAAAAAGAUGUCGUUAUUGGCCGUUCGAAAGAUCGUAUAGAUCUUGAUAGUGAUAACGCGCACAUCGCAUUCGCAAGGCAUGAGCUUAGCCACAAAGUCGAUAUUGGCUGGCAGGAUUAUAAUGUUCGCCGCGAGAAUUGCAGUGGAACAUUAAUUGCAGAUGAUACCGUCCUAACUUUAGCCGAAUGCACCUCAAACUAUGGAGUUGCGCCAACAUAUGUAGUAUACGACAACAUAUGGGACAGAUAUGAUAUAGCAGAGAUACAUGUUCACCCUGAGUAUAGAGAGUACUCAUUGUACAACAACAUAGCAAUUCUUAAGUUAAGAAAACGAUUGAAGUUUUCUGAGAACUUACGCCCAGCUUGCAUCUGGCAUUCACAGGCCAUUCCCAGUCCCCAACUAGCAGUGUCCGGUAUUGGUCGAAUCGAUGUAAACAGAUUCAAUACAGGAGAGCAAUAUUCUGCAUUUGAACCCAUGGAAAUCAAUCUUUUGGUAAGAUUAAGCGUCAAUACGAAGGAAAAUUGUACAAUUCCAUCAGAAUUCCGAUCACGGCUGUCUCGCGGACUGACCAAGGAACAUCUUUGUGUGGGCGACCCCUUGUUUCUGCUGCCAACUUCGUGUCAACUACUGUACGGAGCUCCAAUGCAGCUUCCAAUGUUCAGAACCAAUCGGUACUAUCAAUACGCAUACGGACUCAACCUUUUUGGCAGAGAUUGUGGCUUUGGGGAAGCCGCCGUUUCAACGCGACUUUUUACCCAUGUUGACUGGAUGAAAACUGUUUUGCUUCCGAACUUCCAUGAUGGAGACUCUACAAUACAAUUCAUCAAUCCGGAUUGGAAAGAGAACGAUACGUGCGAAUUUGAUUACGAUGAGGAUAUCACCGGAAUCUGCACCCAUUACAGUGAAUGUUCCAAAGUUUGGAAUGAUUUUCAAGCUAAACGAAGGGUGAGCUUUUGCUCUUCCAGCAGUGUAGUAUGUUGCCCAAUGAGAUUCAUCCACAAAAAUCAACCAGCUGAUCAUGAAGAUGAACUAGAUAGCUGUAGUACAGAAUACAGCACAUUACAUCCCACAAUAAGUUCGCUAGACGAACUCUCUAGUUUCCCCCAUGUGAUCACAGUAAGGUGGGCCGGAGACAAUCCUAGCCACUGCUUAGCUUCUCUCAUCACAAAACGGAUGGUUGUUACAACAGCAAGCUGCACACCACGAAAUACAACAACCGAUGUGCAAGUGGUACUUGAUAAUACGACGACCAUAUCGGUCGAAAAAACUAUUAUUCAUCCAAACUACCGAAAGAAUGAUCACACAGAUAACAUUGCUCUGCUGCGGUUGAGCCGGAACAUAAUACCUACGACUACGGUCUUUCCAGCUUGUAUUUGGAUGAAUCUCACUCACACCCCGCUUAAUUUGAGGUUAACGGAAAGAGAAAACACAUCGUCUUCCUCGAGACAGGUUGUCCCGAUGUAUAACACCGAUUGCCAACGAGAUUAUAAUGGCAGAAUAAAUGCUGACCAGCUAUGUGUGGACGAGCUGGAUUUCAAUCCGAAUAACACAUGUUACAACGCUGGAGAUCAGCUGGCUUGGUUCCAGCCUAGCGAUGCCGAAUUCACUGGAGAAACGAAAGUCACGCCUCAUGUUGUAGGCUUCUACAGCCACGGAGAAAGAUGUGACAAAGGAACUCCAGGAGUGUUCACCAGAAUUACCUCCUAUGUAGAUUGGAUCAGGCAAAAUAUUUGACGAAAUGAAUAAAUGUAGAAUCGAGUGGUACUGAUAUUUAA